AUGGCGGCGGUUUUGGAAAGGAGUUUCAUAGAAAUUUGUGGGUUUGAGAGGGAAACUGUUUCACGAUUUCGAGAAAUCCCAGUAAACCUAGGUUUGAAUGCUCUUCCUGGAGGUGUCAAAUACCCAGACUCUGCCGGAGGCUUUUACUAUGAAGAAAGUGGAAAACUACUGUCUGUUACAAGCAAUAGAUUUAUUCACUGGUCCACUUCAGGGGACACACUCCAGCUGGUUGAACAGUCACUGGACACUAAUUUGCUGAACAAUGCCAUUCGUCUGAAGAUCCCACACUGUCCCCUGCUUCCUGGAGGAGUGCACAUUCACGAAACCCUUAACAAUGUCAUCAUACUCUUUGUGACCAAUCAGUCAGUCCAUCGAAUGGUACUGCCUCACCCUACCCGCAUGUACCGCAGUGAAUUGGUCACAGAGCUACAGAUGCAGUCCAUCUUCACAGAUCUGGGGAAACUUAGCCUACAGGAUCCAUCUCACAGCUUCGUGUUAUCCAGUCUCCAGGGCACACAGUCAGGCAGCCCCGUCACCUCAGCCACGUGGCUGGGACACCAGGGAGAGGCCCACUUUGCCCUGGCUUCACCCUCAGGAAGCAUUCUCGUCGUCACUUUCCCUCCUCACGAUUCACAAGGCACCGUCUCUGUUCAGGAGCUGAGACAAAGCUCAGUGAUCCAGCGAUUGACAGGCUGGAUGCCCACUGCUAUCAGGAGGGACCAGAGCCCAUCUGAUCUGGCUGUCAGUCUAGCAGUUGCAAAGAUGGAGGACGAUACCUUUAUCUUCACCCUGUGCCAAGAUCAUAAACUGCGUGUGUGGUCCCACAAGGACCAGUUAUGUCUGCUGGUGGCAGAUAUGCUGGAGUACUUGCCGGUCGGCCGUGGAGAGGUGAGGAACAUCCUAGGGCAGAGUCACAAGCUGCGUCUGUCCUUCUCCUCCACCACAGGCCUGUGCCUGGCCGUCUACCUCAGCGUGCCUAAGCGCAGCCAGUUCUGUGUGCUCCAGCUGGUGGCCACGGACAAUAACCGCUACAGCCUGGAUCACAUCUCCACGCUCUUCGCUACACAGGAGACAUUGGUGGAUUUUGCAUUGACCUCCACGGAUAUUUGGGGCCUUUGGUUGGAUGAUGACAACCAAACAGUGGUGAAGUACAUCAACUUUGAGCAUAGUACAGCUGGAAUGUGGAACCAAGUCUUUGUCCAGCCUCCGCCAGAAGAGGAGGUUCACAUCAGUGCAGAACAAGACCCAAGAGAAACUUACCUGAGCGUUCUCUUCUCUCCUCUGCGGUUCACCGCCUCGGCUAUCGUGAAAGCUUUGCAGAUUUACAGAAGAGGCACAGAGAGGUACCUGGACCUGCCCUGGGAAACACUGAAGAAGGAGGUGACUCUGACUGUGGAAAAUGAGCUGCAAAGCAGCGUUACGGAGUAUGAGUUCUCACAGGAGGAGUACCGGCAGCUACAGGUGGAGUUCUGGUCGAAGUUCUACGCCUGUUGUCUGCAGUAUCAGGAGGCCCUCUCUACCCCAGUGGGUCUGCUUGUCAACCAGGCCACAUCCAUGGUCUGCGUGCUUAAGAAGGGCUUUGUGUCUUUCCUGUUGCCGUGCUUUGCUGUGGACCAUCUUUACCUGUCCUCAGACGAGUAUCUCUUCUCAGAGGAGGAAACGCCUAUCGCUGAAGACCCGGAGGUGGGGCGGGACGUGCUGCAGCUGGUGCAGUGUCUGCGGCUGGUGAGUGAGUCCGUGCCUGGAGACAUGGCCUAUGAAAUGGAGAAGGCCCUGGAGCAUUUACUCUCCCCUGAGAGGGCCGCUGAACAAGUUCUGGACAACCUGUUGGCCAAUGACAACGAUAACGUCAUGGAGGACAUCCAAAACAAACUUCAGGACAUCCGUAACCCCAUCGCAGCCAUGACGGUCCUCCUGAGAGACAUGGACCUGGAGACCGAUGCUGAGUCCGGGGCUGACGCCACCGCCUUCACUGGAGGUCAGCCUCUGAACGUGCGGAUUAGUCUGUCCCAGCUGUACGGCAGUAACACGGCAGUGAGUGUGGUGUGCCAGGCCGUGUGCCAGCUGGCCAUGACCAGAGCGUUAAUCUGCCGAGACCUACUCAUCGUUCAGCAGCUUUACCUCCGCCUCGGAGACAACGUGUUUCUGGGAGGUGGUGCUCAGCUGCUACAGCUGCAGCAGGACCUGAUCCCUCGCUGCUCCCAUCUGCUGUAUUCUUACUAUUUACUGAAACAAGUCAGCCAGACCCUCUCCUCCUCCAUAUCUCUGGAUACACUAGAUGCCAAUUUACAGCACCUCUCUGUCCUGGAGCUGUCAGAUUCUCCAGCCCUGAUACCCAGCAAAUCAGUGUUGAAUCCUCAGACGGUGGUGGAGCUGUUCUAUCUGAACGUCGCUCGUAAAGUCAUCGUGUCUCAGCUGUAUGCCCAGCAGGACGCCCAGGCCAGCCAGGCGCCUCUCCACUGGCCUCACAUGAUCUCCAGUGUGGUCACUGUGCUCUCCCAGCUCCUCUGGCCCAGUAAUCCAGGCUUCCUCUUUCCUGAGUGCUUGAUGGGAACUUGCCAAUACGCACAACUACAAGAGUAUGUUCGGUUGAUUGGACCCUGGUGUCAGGUCAAUGUGGGGUCCUGUCGCUUUAUGCUGGGCCAGUGCUAUCUGGCCAGCGGCGAGGGACAAAAGGCAUUGCAGUGUUUCCAGGAGGCGGCCACCGAGGUGGAGAAAGAAGAGUUUCUCAUGAGAUUAACGAGUUCUGAGGAAGAGUCAGCGGCCAGCCCUCGUCUGCAGUAUUAUAACAAGGUAUUGAGGUUGUUAGAGGACGUGGGUCUGGCGGAGUUGGUCAUCCGUUUAGCCACGCUGGCAAUAGCAGAGGCCGUCAACGAUGACAGGAGUCGGGCAGCACUGUGGACUCGCAUAUUCAAACAUCAUCUGGACCUGGGACAUAACAACCAGGCUUAUGAGGCUCUGAUCCAGAACCCAGAUACUAGCAGGCGGCUGGACUGUCUGCGGCAGUUGGUGGUGGUUCUGUGUGAGCGCUCUCAACUUCAGGACCUGGUCCACUUCCCUUACAUCAACCUGCACGACGAGGUUGUCAGUAUCAUUGAGUCUCGUGCCAGAGCAGUUGAUCUUAUGACUCAUAAUUAUUAUGAGUUACUGUAUGCCUUCCACAUCAACCGCCACAACUACAGGAAAGCCGGCACAGUGAUGUUUGAGUAUGGUAUGCGGCUGGGACGAGAGGUCCGGACUCUGAGGGGUCUUCAGAAACAGGUCAACUGUUACUUGGCCGCCCUCAACUGUCUGCGUCUCAUUCGGCCCGAGUACGCCUGGAUCGUCCAGCCCUCCUCUGGAGCAGCCUACGAGAGGCCAGGCGCAUCACCAAAGAGAAAUUACGACGGAGAGUUUGCCGCUGGGCCAGGUGGCAGACAGAUUGAGAUCUUGGAGCUGAAGGACCUGGAGAAGGAAUACAUCCUGUCACGCAGUCGUCUCACCCUGGCGCAGGAAGACCCCCCCUCUGCGGCCAUCGCAGGGAAUGCAUCUGCUGUGGAAAUGGUGGCUUUGCUGGUUCAGGCAGGUCUAUUUGACACAGCUGUAUCGCUCUGUCAAACCUUCAAACUCCCUCUGACGCCUGUCUUUGAAGGACUCACUUUCAAGUGCAUCAAACUCCAGUACGGAGGAGAGCAAUGUCAAAAUGAGGCCUGGAAUUGGUUGGCAGCCAAUCAGUUGUCGCAUAUUAUUACAACGAAAGAGUCAAGCGCAACAGACGAGGCAUGGCGACUCUUAGCUUUAUACCUGGAGAAAUAUCCUUCCCAGAAUGCUCAGCACCAUCGUUGUGUCAUCAACAAGCUGCUGUCACACGGAGUGCCGUUACCCGAUUGGCUGGUUAACGCCUACAAGAUGGUUGAUGCUGCUGCUCUACUUCGCCUGUACCUGAACUACGACCAGUUGGAAGCUGCAGCAGAGUUAGUGCUGGAAUUGGUGGAUGCACUUCUCGGAAAGGGACUCCAGAACUUUGGCAUAGAGAGGCCGCUGUCAGCUACAGCUCCCCUUGUAUGGCUGCCGUAUACCUCUAUCGACCAGCUCUUGAUUAGUCUCGGAGAAAGCCAGUCCAGUACCAAGUUGUACGAGAAGCUGAAGACUAAGCUGGAAGACUACCACAGAGUGGUGGCACAGAGCACUGGUCUCCUGGCCCGCUGACUCCACCUCUCCCACACAACUGCCUCUCAACAUGGUGCUCCUAACCAGCUCCCUCACCCCUGGGCAAAAAGGAAAGCGGAAAAAGUUUGGCUUGGCCCAACAGACACGUUUGUAUGAAGUUGGCUGGAAGUCAGUCACAUGCCUCAGGAUGUAUCACCUCCAUGUUGGAAAACUGACCAGGGAUCAGGAGUGCAGGAGAGAAGGAUUCUUUAACGUCUUAAAUUUUGAAUCAUUAAGCACUCGAUUGUACAGUUUGUUGUUUGUCGAUAUGAAUGACUUGGCUAUUUUCCACUUAAGUGGGGG